AUGCUGGCUUCAGUUUUUCUCUACACUUGCUUGGGAUUCGUUGCGUUAUGUGCUGCCUACAGAGUGCCCAAAGUUAAAUUUUAUUUGAAAUAUAUAAUAUUUUGCGGUGUGAUAUCCAUCGGGUCGCUGUAUUAUAUCAUAGAGUUCAGCAUCCGUGGUCGAGAUUACAAAAACGCGUGGCGGUUCAGACGUUUGUUUCAAAUAGCUGGGAACCUUAUUGGAUUAAAACCGAUAGUCAAAGAUUCACAUUAUUUAACCAUGGAAAAGCCGUGCAUAUAUGUUGCUAAUCAUCAGAGUAUCAUCGACGUUGCCAGUGAGGCUGUUUUCGCAAUGUUCAAAUUCUCAGGUUUGGUGGAUGUAUGGCCAGAGCAGUGCACAAUCAUUUCAAAGGCGUCAAUGAAGUUUGCAGGUCCUGUAGGCGUCAUCACGUGGCUUUCUAAACUGAUCUAUAUUGAUCGAUCAAAGCAUAGUGACGCAGUAUCCAUAAUGAAAUAUGCUGCUACAGAGGCGCGAGAUGCGAAGGUUUCCGUGUACGUUUUCCCAGAAGGUACGCGGUCUUGUACAGGAACAAUGCUUCCAUUCAAAAAAGGUGCAUUUCAUCUGGCGAUUGAGACCCAGUUCCCAAUUCAGCCAAUUGUAAUAACACCGUACACGCGAUUCCUCGAUUUUGAAAACAAGCGAUUCGAUGAUGCUUCCUAUUACGUCCAAGUUCUGCCGCAAAUUAGUACCACAGGAAUGGAUAGCUCGAAUGUAGAUGCACUUCUGAACGAGACUCGCGAGAAGAUGUCCGCGUGUUUGGAGAAAUUGAAAACUAUGGAACUCCCAACACCCCCCUAAACCAGAUUGUUUAUGUCAGACAAGUAGCAGGGAUAAAGAAGCCGAGAUAAUCAUCGAAGACUUUUUUCAUGUGUUUCCUGCCGGGUAUUCGGUUUCAUUUUGUUUUUUCCUUUUAAACGUAUUUUGUGUAGAUCCACCUAUCCUUUCGUAGCUCAAUUGUUCCAACUCAUUUCAAAGGCAUUCCCCUAUGAUGGGUUUCUUCUGAUAAAUCAUGGCCAACAGAAUUCUUGUCCUAGUACAUUUAUUUCUUGUUGUUCUCAAUGCUGUUUUGUUAAACGACCGUUGGGACCUCGUCCGGGACACAAAGGCGGACAUAAUUCUUCUCUUCUCUGUUUGUGCCAUUAUGAAUUUGGCGGGGGAAACACCGUUCUCAUCAGACGACUAAGGAUCACUUGUGUGUUUUCGAACCACUGCAUCACACUGAGUACAUUCGCGAAACGAAUUCAGCUUCUUCAUCACUUGGAAAAUGUGAACUCAGUGGUCGAUACUCGAAAUCGCCUUACAUUUUUUGUCCUCGUCUCAGCGGCAUGACAGCGUGCCUGUUCUGUCGACAUGCGGACGCGAUCUUUGAGAACAAAUAGCCUGUCU